GCGACAGCGUUGGAGGCAAAACGAGAGGCAUGUGAGAAAUCUAUGGCCUCGUUCAGCGAGGCGUGCAAAGCGGAUGAUGUACCCCACUAUUUCGGCAUGCUCGGAGAUGCCCUAAGCGCCCUGGCCUCCCUCCAGUCCGAGAAUAUGAUUGAGCUCAAGCAGGAAAUCACAGAGGUCAAGGAUGAUAUUGGUUCGCUCAGGGCUCACAACGACAAGCAGGACACUAAACUCGACCGCCUUGAGAAGGAGAUCGCCUUCAUCAAAGCAG